CUUCCAACUUCUCUAUAUAAAGGCAAUGGACUUAUAACUUUCUUGUCUUGGGUACUUACACAGAAGUUGGUUUAGUUAUAAAUGAAAGUAGGUGUUUCACAAAAUUUCUCAAUGGGGUGGCCUUUAGUGAAGUCUUUGCUGUGGGCUUUACUACUCUUUGUUCAAAUUCAUGAGCAUAGAGCUUGUAUUGAGGAAGAGAGGAUGAGUCUCCUAGAAUUGAAAGCAUUUAUAAAAUCCCACACUAAUUAUGACAUUCUUCCAACAUGGGUUUAUGAGACAAAGAGUGAGUGUUGUAGUUGGGAGCGGGUCAACUGUAGCACCACCACUGGUCACAUGAUCAAUCUCACGCUCUCCGAUAUAAACCAAGGGGAGAGUUGGUUCCUAAACAUGUCCCUGUUGCAGCCUUUUAAGGAGCUAAGAAUUCUUGAUUUAUCUAAAAACGGAAUUGCUGGUUGGUUGGGAAAUGAAGAAUCUGAUUGCUUGUCUAAACUGAGAAAGCUAACACACUUAAAUUUAGCGUGGAACAACUUUGACAACAAAAUUUUAAGAUCCUUAGGUGCCCUCCCAGUUCUUAAAUCUUUGGAUUUAAGUUGGAAUAAUAUCUGGCCUCUUUCUAGCAAAGAACUGGUUUAUCUAAGCAACUUGGAGGUCCUUAUCUUGCAGAAUUGUAGCCUUAAUGGAAGCCUACCAUUCAAGGAUAUGGCAAAUUUCAGCAGUUUGAAGAUUUUAGAUUUGAGUUAUAAUGAUUUCACUGGAAGCAUUACUCCAUAUAUCGGAGCGUUAUCUUCUCUCAAGGCUAUAUCAUUACUUUUUAAUAGACUCAAUGGAACUUUAAGCACUCCAGAGUUUUGUGCGCUGAAGAAACUUGAAGAGAUAGAGCUUGCUGGUAAUGGCUUUGAAGGGAUGCUUCCUCCAUGCCUAAACAAUUUGACAUCUCUUUCGUACUUAGAUAUAGCUAUCAACCGGUUCAAUGGAAACUUGUCUUCAUCUCCAAUAGCCAGCCUAACAUCCCUUGAGUACAUUGAUUUGAGUUAUAAUCUUUUUGAAGGUUUAUUCUCAUUCAGUUUAUUUGCUAAUCACUCCAAGCUUAAGGUGAUUCACUUUUUGAGUGAUAACAACAAACUUGUUAUAGAGAAUGAGAAUCACAGUUGGGACCCUUUGUUUCAAUUAAAGGUCUUAAAACUGUCUAAUUGUAGUCUCAACAACCCUAUCGACAACUUUCCUAAGUUUCUCUUGGACCAACAUGAAUUGGAAGUCGUUGAUAUAUCUCACUGUAAGUUGAAUGGAAGCUUCCCCAUAUGGUUGCUUGAAAACAAUACUGAACUACAACUAUUAAAUUUUCGAAAUAACUCUUUCACGGGUGAGUUUCAUUUGCCAUCAGAUCACUACAUGAAUCUUCGCUGGUUGGAUCUCUCAGACAAUCACUUUGAUGGGAAACUUCAAGAAAAUAUCGGAAAGAGGAUUCCAAAAAUAACAUAUCUAAAUAUAUCCCAAAAUCAAUUUGAAGGUAAUCUUCCAUCCUCAAUAGGUGACAUGAGUAAUUUAUGGCUUUUGGACUUGUCCUUCAAUAAUUUUUCUGGAGAGGUACCAAUGGAAUUGGUUGCCAAAUGCACUUUCUUGAAAUUUUUGAGGUUAUCUAAUAAUAACUUUCAUGGUGAAAUUUUCUCAAAGCACUUCAACCUAUCCUUGUAUUCUUUAGAAUUGCAAAAUAAUAAUUUCACAGGCACUCUUCCAGUUGUACCCCUAAAUGUCUGGAUGGCCCUAAAUAUUAGGAACAACCACAUGACAGGUACAAUUCCUCUAUGGAUAGUAAAUCAAAGUAUGUCACCAUGGGGUGUUGUUGACUUGAGUAGCAACUCAUUCGAAGGCCGGAUUCCAUGUGGACUACCUUCAUCUCGUAUAAUAAACCUUUCUCAUAACUUGUUUUCAGGAUCGUUACCUUCUUGCUUGAAUCUAUGGGAUGUUAGGCACCUACUUUUGGAAGGGAACAAACUCACAGGGUCAUUACCAAAAGCUAUUCUCAAUUCAUCAUCUCUUAUGACAUUAGACAUUAGAGAUAAUCGCUUUAUUGGCAGCAUCCCUGAUGAAAUUGUUGGACUUUCUGAGUUAAAAGUGCUUUCAUUAAGUGGCAAUUAUUUUAGUGGUGUGAUUUUAAAGCGACUGUGUCAGUUAAAGAGGAUAGACAUAAUGGAUCUUUCCAAUAACUCUUUUUCUGGGACAAUACCGUACUGCUUUAAUAAUAUAUCCUUUGGGAAGCUAGCAUCUAGUGAUUUUUUUUAUACAUCUGGCUUUGCUUUUGGGAUAGGAGGUUUACCCUUUCCAUAUAAAUCUCUUCUAAAUAGGGAUUUUCAAAUUAAAGAGUCAUCUUUGGACUUCUAUGAACAAGUUGAGAUUGAGAUUGUGACGAAAUAUAGGCCUGACUUGUACAAGGGUCUCAACCUUAAUUUGAUGUCUGCAUUGGAUUUGUCAUUAAACAAGCUAAUAGGAGAAAUCCCACCAAAGCUAGGACAAUUAUCUUCACUUCAUGGACUAAACUUGUCUCACAAUCAGUUGACAGGUCCUAUUCCAAAAUCGUUCUCAAAUUUGACUCAAUUAGAGAGUUUAGACCUUUCUCACAACAAUUUGAGUGGAGAAAUUCCUUCGACAUUGAUUGAUAUAAACUCUCUUGCUGUUUUCAAUGUGUCUCACAACAACUUAUCAGGUAAACUUCCAGACUUCAAAGCACAAUUUGGAACAUUUGAAAAGAGUAGCUAUGGAGGAAAUCCAUUUCUUUGCGGUCCACCACUAGAGAAAAGUUGCACUGAGAAAGAGGAGUCACCUCAAUCACCGCAAAAAUCUUCAAAGGCAAGUGGGGGAAAACGUUAUGAAGGUGAUCUUCUAUUCUUCUAUGCAAGUUUUGGGGUAUCAUACAUUAUUUUCUUUUUGGGUGUGAUCAGUAUUCUUUAUAUUAAUCCUCAUUGGCGGCAACGAUGCUUUAACUUGGUUGAGGAUCGAAUGUACUGGUGUUACCAUUUUGCUCUAAAUUCUCAAAAGCUGAUAAACCGUACGUGUAUUAGAUAUACUCUAUUUACAUAGAAAUCGUUGGUGAUAGUAUUGAUACAUACCUGUGUAUGUGUAUGUUUGGUUAUGAAUAAUGGUUAUCAUGCUCUAUUAUGGAGGAGUUCACU